UUUAAUUUGAGUCCCUCUCUUUCUUCACUUACCAUGUUUACAGGAAUCAUGUCUCAAACAAGGUUUGCUUGUAUUUGAACUCUUGUUGUUCCUUCCUUUUCUUUUCCUGUUUCUUGGUUGCAUCUGAGGAUAUAAAACACUGGCAUUGCUCUUUGUGGCCUUGAAAUUCACAUUUAUGUGGGAGAAAGAAGAGGGAACAUAUGCAAAAUCUCCUGAUCUUUGUUUUUAGUUUUACUUGUAUAUUUUUCCUUCGUAAAACUUCAUCUGCAGCAAAUACCUUAUCGCCAAACCAAUCUCUUAUAGAUGGCCAAGAGCUUACUUCUGCUGGACAACUUUUUGUUCUUGGAUUUUUCACACCUGGAACCUCCAAAAGUCGAUAUGUAGGGAUAUGGUAUAAAAAUAUUACACCCCAAACUGUUGUUUGGGUUGCUAACAGGGAGAACCCAUUGAAUGACUCCAGUGGAGAAUUUACAAUUGGUGCUGAUGGGAAUCUUGUUCUCUUGGAUGGAGAAGAGAAUUUUGUCUGGUCUUCAGGUCCCUCAAGAACAAUUCAAGAUCCAAUAGCAAAGCUGCUGGAUUCUGGGAAUCUUGUUUUGAUUGAUGGUAAAGGCGAUUCUGGUAGCUAUAUAUGGCAAAGCUUUGACCACCCUACUGAUACUAUGUUACCAGGCAUGAGGGUUGGUUGGGAUAAGAAUUCAGGCCUAAACAGGUACUUGACUUCUUGGAAGGGUGAAAAUGACCCAUCUGAAGGAAACUUUACCUACAUCUUUGAUCAUAUUGGAUUUCCUGAAAUUGUGCUUCGCGAGGGAGCCAUUAUCAAGUUCCGGAGUGGAAUUUGGAACGGUGUUGGAUUAAAUGGAGACAUUUGGACAUCAUUUACAGCCUUCAAGCCAGAACUAUUAGUGAAUGACAACGAAGCAGUAUAUUGGAAUGAACCAGGAGAUAGACUUUCAAGGCUUGUGAUGAGAUAUGAUGGACAAGCUGAAAGAUACAUAUGGGACACUCAAAAUUCAAAGUGGACUAGUAUCUAUGAGGCGAGAAAAGACUUUUGUGAUAAUUAUGGAGCUUGUGGGGACAAUGGUAUCUGUGAUAUCAAUAGUAUCCCUGUUUUCUGUAAUUGCUUGAUUGGCUUCAAAUCUAAAUCUCAAGAAGAAUGGAAUGCAUUUAGUUGGUCUGGAGGAUGCACUAGGAGAACACCAUUAAACUGCACACAGGGUGACAAGUUUAACAAGUUAAGCUCGGUGAAAUUGCCCAUGUUGCUGCAAUAUUGGACACAAGAUAAUAUGAGUCUUGAAGAGUGUAAGAUGAAGUGCUUGGAGAACUGUUCUUGUACAGCUUAUGCAAAUUCUGCUCUCAAUGGAGGGCCUCAUGGCUGUUUGAUUUGGUUUGGCAACUUGGUUGACAUGAAGUUGCUUCAAACUAAAGUAGGUCCACAACAGGAUCUCUAUGUCAGGUUAGCCGCAUCAGAAGUAGGUUCCACUUCUACUUCUAGUAAAAGGAAAGUUGCAGUGGUGGCCAUAUCCGUGUCUUUGGCACUGCUUGUGUUGUGUUUCAUAAUGUUCCUUGCUAAGAAAUUUAAAGAGAAGAAUAUGCGGAAGAUUGUGACCGCCAAUUUGGGGCAGAGAAACCAUAGUGAAGAGCAAGCAUCGCCUCUUUUUGAUAUGCUUACCAUUCUGGCUGCAACCAACAAUUUCUCUAAGGAGAACCAGAUUGGAGAAGGUGGUUUUGGCCCUGUUUACAAGGGUAAGAUGUCAGAUGGACAAGAAAUAGCUGUAAAAAGGCUAUCAAGAACAUCGAAACAGGGGAUCAAAGAGUUUAUGAAUGAAGUUGGAUUUGUUGCCAAAUUCCAACACCGAAAUCUUGUCAGGGUUUUGGGUGGAUGUGUUCAAGGAGAAGAAAGAAUGUUAGUCUAUGAAUACAUGCCUAAUAAAAGUUUGGACCAUUUUAUUUUUGAUCCUAGAGGAAGAAAUCUUUUGAAUUGGAGGAAGAGGUAUGAAAUCAUUAUGGGGAUUGCUCGAGGACUGUUAUAUCUUCAUCAAGAUUCUAGAUUAACCAUCAUCCACAGGGACUUGAAAACAAGUAACAUUCUAUUAGACAAUGACUUGCUACCCAAAAUUUCUGAUUUUGGUUUAGCUCAUAUCUUUGAAGGAGAUCUUUCAGCAGUAAAAGCAAAAAGUAUUGUUGGGACAUACGGUUAUAUAUCACCUGAAUAUGCAGUACAUGGGCUAUUCUCUCCCAAAUCUGAUGUAUUUAGCUUUGGGGUUAUAGUGCUGGAGAUAUUGAGUGGCAUAAAAAAUAGUCGUUACAGAAGUCCAGACCAUUGCCAUAAUCUGUUGGGGCAGGCAUGGAUACUGUGGAAAGGAGAACGACCACUGGACUUUAUGGAUCCAAGCUGUGACAGGACAGAUAUGUCAACUGAACUAAUCAAAUGCCUGCAAAUUGGUCUCUUAUGUGUGCAAAAGUUCCCUGAAGAUAGACCAACUAUGCUGUCUGUGGUUUUCAUGUUGUCCAAUGAAUGUAUGACGCUUCCUGAACCAAAGUUACCUGGGUUUUUUAUGGAAGAGUUUGAUGGUUAUAGUCAGGACCACUGUAGUAGCAAUGCUAUGACUAUUACACUUCUGGAAGCCCGAAAUUAGAAACUUGUCACGGUCUUAUUCUUUAAAACUUAUAGUUGUAAUAUGCAGAAUACAGAAAUGUAAGGUUCAAUCUUAUAUAAAACUAUUCUUUUUUCUUCC